GAAGCAGGAGAAGGAAAAAAAGAAUAACGAUAUGCCCCAAUGAUGAAGAGCUUUUCGAAAUCACUUCAACGACGGACUCGGUGUAUUUAUAACACAACGUACUGCAUCGGCAUAUAAUACGCAGCCGUAAACCGAACUGCUAUGCUUCUUAAGUGCGGUUCAACUUCACAAGUGCGGUUCGGCCUGUCGAGCAUCAGCGUCUGCAGCACUUGAAGGACUAAAUUUGUACAGUACCUGUGAUGAUCGGUGAUGGCAGCAGGAACCCCGAUCCUCGUUCCGAUCAUUGUGACGAUCGCGGUCCUCCUAUUCACCGAAACGACGCCCGUUUCAUCGAUCCUACGCCGGAGGGUUUCGGCCGUGAAACUCAAUCAUGAUCACAUGGAACUCGUGGAAGAGGAAACUUGCUCCAAUCAAACCCUCAGGAUGACCUGCAGGUCCCUCAAGGCAAUCUUGAUCGUUCUUGAGGCUGAGUACAAACCGAAUGACUCAAAUUUGUGCGAAGUCGAAGCCAGAGGAUCUGAAGAUGUCGCGACCAUACGCCGCUUCCAGAUGAUCAGAAAUCUUUAUGGUGAUUACGAUUCAAGACCUGACAGAGUGGACUUGAAAUUAUCCAUAAACAGAAGAUGCUCGGGACUGCAGCACUGUCGUUUCAACGUAUAUUCGGACCACUCUGAAGCCUUAUUCUGGAGCCCGGCGAACCUGCGGUUGAAAUAUGCUUGCACCCCAGAAGCGGCGAUCAUGAAGUACUGCAACAGGAUGCUGCCGGUCAUUGGAGGGGAAGGAGGGUUCCUGAAGAGCCCGGGAUAUCCGCUCUUCUAUACGGGUGGCAGCACGUGCGGCUGGACUUUCAAGUCGCUGCCAGGUCAGAGGAUCGCCUUGACCUUUCAUGACCUGGACAUACGCAGUCCCGAGCAGGAUGGAAGCUGCGUCGACGUGAUCAGGAUACGGGAGAACAGGGUCACCCUUUUUGAAUCUUGUGGAACUGCGGUCGGUGUCCAGGUGCUCUCCGAGUCAAACGUCGUCACCUUGGACCUGAUUGCAUCAGGCAAAAUCUACCCCUCCAGGGGAUUUCUCUUGCAAUAUAAGGCUGUUGGAUGUCCGCAAGUUCAACCUCCAAACGGAAGCUACGCAGUGAACGAAACUGGUGAUGCUAAAACCUUUCUAUGCAAACUAGGAACCGUAUUCCCUGACACCAAUAAGAGAACCAGAUUGAUUCAAUGCAAGAACGGGAUCUGGAGCGAAGACAGGCAGAUGAUUAGCUCUCAGAGAUGCGUUCUCACUGCGUCUGAGAUCGAGAGGAACGCAGGAACGCGACGGUCUUCGGCGCUAUCAAGCCUCGCGGAAGAACCGGGAACAGGCAGCAACAGUGGUGUUUUUCCCGUGAAUGGUGUGGUGGUGAGGUCGCAUGACUCAAUGCACUCCAUGAGCUCAACCGCGGAUCCAGGAAACGCGGCCAUGAUGAAGGACGGAAACUACGUCGUAGAUUUCAUCGUACCGACCGCCCUAAUCGCGUUGCUGUUCAUCUUCAACGCGAUCAUCGUCUGGGUAAUAUUCCAGUACAGAAAAAGGAAACAGCCAGCCAUCGAAGGAGAGGAAAUGGCACUGCGGCCAAAGUCGGAAGAGCUUCCGCAUGUGUGAUAAGUUUAUUUUUACCUACAGUUUUUUUAUUUUAUUUUAUUUUUUCCGUUUUUAACUUUAUUUCUUUUGUAAACUCACCUCUUAGAAUACGUGUUUAAGAAUUGUAUUUUAUAUCUAUUUGUGAAAAAAAGAAAAAAAAAAGAACAAUGAGGGAGAACUGAAAAUACGCCUAUAAGAAAAAAAUAUUUUCAACUAUUUAAAUUUAAAAUCAACACGCGUUUUCGCACAUCCAUACUUUUGAGGCUUACGACUUCGUGUACCAUACAUAAUAUAUUACAGUACAACCUCUCAAUAAUGCCACUUCCCCUAAUACGUGCUCGGACGCUUCCCCCACUACCAUACUUCUACACUCCGGCAUUAUCCGCAUUCUCUCUCAACAAUGCCACUGGUAAAAUACGUACAUACACAAAGGUACGGAAAUUACACUUUUUCGCGCGGUACUAUUGAGAGGGUCGAGAACUAAUUCUGGAGGACGAGAGUUUGUAGUUAGAGUGGGGGAACCGAGAUUCUGAGAAAUGUAUUCUCCCCUCACAGCCCGUGAGCGGCUCUAUGAAGAGGUUGCACUGAAUAUAAAUAAUAAUAAUAAUUUAAUUAUCAGUCUCAAGACACACGGGCCUAAAAUGAAAAUAGUACGAAAUGAAGCACAGAAUGAAGGGAAAAAAUUAACUUCGCGAAGCAAAUUGUCUCUCGCCUAAAGUAAUAAUAAUAAGAAUGAAAAUAAAAAUGAAAUAAAAGCAGGAAAUAAAGAAAAAA